GGCAAAAGUCUUUUGGCAGUCACUGUGUCUGAGUGUGAGGGACCUCGCAGCAGAGAGACACACACGUUGCUCCAAGGAUUUAUUACCUCGAAGGGCUAAGAGGCAACGCUCAAAUAUCAGAGCGUGCAGCUGGGCUUCUGGAAAGGACCUGAGCUAAGAGCUGUGAGGACUGUGAGCAGAGGGCAAUUAUAAACCUGCAAGGAACACUAAAGAAGCAGGAUGUUGAAGAAGGCAAAAAUUACAGAUCCCACUGCCGCUGGGCAGGGUGGUGAGAGCAGGCCUGCAAAGAAAAAAGGCAUCAAACGACGAUCCAAAGUUCCUGGUGUCAUGAUCACUCAGUACAUACAGGAACUUCCAGAGGGAAAGACCACUCCGGACUUCACUCGUAAACCCAUCCCCUUAACUAUUCAGGAGGGUAAAUUAGCCAUCUUCAAAGCUGUUGUGAUUGGGGAUCCUGAGCCAGUGGUAACCUGGAGCAGAGCCAAUGGAGACAUUAAUGAUCCUGUGAAAUAUCAGAUGAAAUUUGACCCGACAUCUCGCGAACACACAUUAGAGAUGCCCCGAGUAUCUGCGGAUGAAGCAGACACCUAUAAAUGCUACGCUUGUAAUGAAUUUGGGAAGGCUGUUUGCACUGUCGUCUUGAAUAUCAUUGAAGUUGCCUUCAAGAGGAAGAAAGCAAUGGAAGAGGCACAAGCAGCUCCAACAAAAGAUCCAACGGAAUUCCGGAAAAUGCUCAGGAAAUGUACUGUUGGAGAAAAGGAUGACAAAAAGUAUGGAGAAAUAGAUGAAAAGGUCUGGGAAAUUUUGCUGAGUGCAGAUAAGAAGGACUAUGAACGAAUCUGUCUUGAGUACGGAAUCACUGACUUCCGUGGCAUGCUUAAAAAACUGAACGACUUGAAAAAGGAAAGAGAAGAAGAGCAAGCAAAGUUCCUUGAGCACCUCAGUAGUCUGAGACAUAUUGAAGUUAGAUCAGAAGACACUGCAUCGUUUGAACUUGAAAUGGUACUCAAAGACCCCAACAGUAGGAUCUUCCUCUAUAAGGAUGGUGUAAUGAUUCCUUACAGCAAAGAUGAGGAAAUGGAAAUGAAGCACCAGCUGAAGCAAGUUGGAAAGAAGUACGUGUUCACUAUCAAAAAUCUCAAAUCGGAUGAUGCUGGGCUGUACCAGGUGGAUGUUGAGGGAGCCAACGUCUUCUCCACAGACUUCAAGAUUCCCCCUGUUGACUUUAUUGUCAAGAUUCAGGAGGUAAAUGCUGAAGAGAGAGAGGAUGCAGUCUUCCAGUGUGUGCUGUCCCAGCCUAUGGCUAAUAUACUGUGGAUGGGCAAGAACAACCCGCUGACAGCUGGGGAAAAGUAUGACAUCAUAGUGUCCGAGGACAAGCUGAUCCACAAAUUAGUGAUAAAGGACUGUCUGCCUCUGGAUCAGGGCAUCUAUGCAGCUGUGGCUGGCAUCAAGUCUUGCAAUGCCUGGCUCAUUGUAGAACAGCCUGGAGUUCACUUUACCAGUGGGCUGGAGGAUGUCAGCGCCAUUCUGGGGGAGUCAGCAGAGUUGGUCUGUAAGCUGAGCAGUGCUGCUUCCAAAGGACUCUGGUCCAAAGAUGGGAAAGAGCUGUCCUCCUCUGCUGGCAUUACCAUUAGCAAAGACGGUCUCUGCCACAAGCUGAAAAUCCAUAAAGUCUCAGAAGAACAUUCUGGAAAAUACCGCUUUGAGGCAGAAGGACGUAAAACAGAAGCGGUGAUUGUUGUGGAAGACCCACCAAGGUUUGACAAAGCUGACCUUGCUACAUUUUCUGAGCCUGUGACUGUGAAGAAUGGACAGAGUGCAACCUUCAAAUUACCAUUCGUGGGUCGGGAACCAAUGAAGGUGCAGUGGUACAGAGAGGGGGAGGAGUUAACAGAGGAUGCCAACAUCAAGGUGGAAAGGGCUCCGGGUCACAGCCGCCUGCUUAUCCGCAAGCUGCAUCGUAAAGACUCUGGAGAAAUCAAGGUCAAGGUCAAGAAUGAGUUUGGAACCAUUGAAGCCGUAUCCCAACUCAAUGUCCUUGACAAGCCUACCCCACCACAAGGCCCAUUGGAGGUGAUUGAAGGCUCUGCAUCCUGUAUUGAGAUCAAGUGGAGGCCCCCAAAAGAUGAUGGCGGUUCUCAAAUCUUACAUUACAACCUGGAGCGUCAACAGGUGGGACGUAACACCUGGAAAAAGAUAGGGGACAUCCCGGGCAAGUCUCCCACAUACAGGGACACAGAUGUGGACCACGGCAAACGGUACUGCUACCGCAUCAAGGCCAUUACUGCAGAGGGUGUCAGUGAGGUGAUGGAGACAGAAGACGUCCAGGCUGGCACUAAAGCAUACCCUGGUUCACCUGCUGCACCCAAAGUGGUCAGUGCUUUCAAGAACUGCAUCACUCUGUCAUGGGUUGCCCCAACCAACACUGGAGGAACCAGCAUUGUGGGCUACAACCUGGAGAAACGCAAGAAAGGCAGCAACCUCUGGAGCCCAGUGAACCCUCUGGAUGAGCCCAUUAAAGAGAAAACCUUUGCAGUGAAGGACAUCAUUGAGGGGUUGGAAUAUGAGUUCCGUGUGUCUGCAAUCAACUUUUCUGGGGCAGGAGAGCCAAGUGUCCCAUCUGAGUUUGUGUUUGCCAGAGACCCCAAGAAGCCCCCUGGGAAGGUUGUAGACCUGAAGGUGACAGACUCCUCCUACACCACCUUGUCCCUGAGCUGGUCUAAACCCCACGAAGAAGCAGGUGCCCAAGAUGAAGCUAAAGGCUUUUUUGUGGAGAUCAGGCCAGCAGACAGCCCAGAGUGGCAUCGCUGUAACACUAACGCCAUUUCCAUGACAAGCUACACCAUAAAGGGUCUGAAGUCGAUGGCAAUGUACUGGGUGAGGGUGAUUGGCGCCAAUGACGGGGGAGAGGGGGGGCCCCAAGAACUUAAUAACUACAUCCUUGCCAUGCCCCCUCCUGUGAGGCCACGAUUCACAGAUGCCAAAAUGAACAGCUUCAUGGUGGUGAGAGCAGGAAACUCUGCACGAGUCAACAUCAACUUUGAGGCUUCCCCUGUUCCAGAAAUCAUUUGGCUGAAAGAUGGCACGCCUGUGUCUAAACGGAUAACCAUUAGCAAUGCUGAGGGCACAUCACAGCUCCUGAUUGCCUCAUCAGAGCGCUCUGACACAGGUGUCUACACCAUAAUAAUCAAGAACCUGGUUGGCCAGGAAACAUUCAGCGUUGAGAUCAGAGUCACAGACGAGCCCAAGCCACCGGGUCCAGUGGAGCUUGACGAGAAUGUUCCAGGCACGGUGACUGUCUCUUGGACGCCCUCUCCGGAUGAGAAACGUGAUGACAGGCUGCACUACAUGGUGUCCAAACGCGACUCCGUCAAGCGAACCUGGCACACCGUAGCUGACCACCUCUUCAAUAACAGGUUCACUGUCUGCAAUAUCAUGCCUGGGCGGGAGUACUACUUCCGAGUGUAUGCCAAGAACGACAUGGGCCUCUCUGACCCUUCUGAAUCACCAGUUUGGUCAGUCACCAGGAAGAAAGAAAAGUUCCACGUCAAUGUGCCUGAAUCUAAGCCCUGCAACUUAGAGAGACCACCGAAAUUCCUUAUCCCUUUGAAGAUGCACACUGCACCCCAAGGCUACGAGUGCUACAUGAGCUGUGCUGUGAGGGGUGACCCCGCGCCUCAUGUCACAUGGUAUCGAAACAACAUCAGCCUCAACACAAACACCAACUAUUACAUCUCCAACACCUGUGGUGUCUGCUCCAUGCUCAUCCUCAGAGUUGGGCCCAAGGACACGGGCGAGUACAAAGUCAUUGCAGAGAACCCUCUGGGCCGGGCGGAGUGCUCCACCAACCUCAUCGUCAGAGAAUAAAUCAACUUUAAGGUCAAGAUGACAACACCGGCCUUCAACAUUUUUUAAUCACUUUUUUUUCUUUUCCUGGAAUUCUUAUUGUGUUUUUUUAUGUAGAAAUGUGUUGUGUAUAUUUUCAUAGAAAAAUGUUGAAGUCAUGACAUGCAAUGUGAAACAUCACCCUACAAAACUGGGUUUGUGGUUGAUUGCUGACAUGUGCAUAAAUAUUCACUUUUGGAGUGUUAUGUGAUGAAUUAUAUCAUGAAAUGAAGAUUUGCAUGAAUAAGAAAUGAGAAACACUACAUAAUACUCCACUUGCUGUCAAUUGCCUUUUAACCCACAAAACAGAAAUGUUUCCGUUUUGAAUAUGUGAUUUUCAAGUGCAAUAAAAACCCCAGCCGUAGGCAAGGCAGUAUUAAUGAUAGUUAUUCAAGAAUAAAGCUAAGGUUCAAUCAUGCUGUAAACUGCUGUCUUUUACUCUGAGAAAUUAAAACAAGUUGUUUAAAAAGUUGUUUAGUUAAUGCUGCAUUUGUACUGGCUGAAGUCUACUUAGCCUCAUACCAUGCUGUUUCAGAGCCACUCAGAAGGACUCUGUUCUGUUUAAAUGAAACAGGCGUAAUUGAAACAGGAUCUCUUACACAGCAUUGUUUUAUGUUGGAGCAUUACUCACUCCUCUCCUGCAUGCCUGCUCAAUAACGUGUUGCAAUUUUUUCUGCCUGCAUAUUACUUAGUCUUUUACAAGGAAGCUACAUUGAAAAAUAAGAAAAUGAGAAGAUGUCUGUACUGAUUAAUGCUGCCAUGCUUGAAUUCUUGUUAAUUCUGUUUAAGAUGACAACAAUGUUAUGUAAUUUGCUUCAAGUUUAGUUUGAUAAAGUUAACCACUGUACAAAAUGGGAGGAAAUGUAUACUGAACAGGAUAUUGGCUAUUUUUUGUAGCUGUAUUCAUUGUUCUUUAUUAGCAAUUCUUUAAUAAAUUACUUACUUCGUUUGAUAACAAUAAUAUCCAGAACAACAUACAAAGCUAAUACUGUAUGAGCAAAAAGAAUGGUCAUAGAUACAGGUUUUGGAAAGAAUAAAUUUUCACUGACAUGAGAAUGCAAAGAGUUCCUUGAUUUUGAAGAUUACAUAAUCAAUCCUAUUGGUAUAAUGGCAUAUAAAAAGAAAAAAGAAAAAAAAAACUACAUAAAAUUCUUCCAUUCUAGAAAUGAGAUUACUCCUGGCCUAGGCUGAGCCAUAUGUGGGAGAUGACUAUGGCCUUGUUGAAAUGUAGCUGAGGCUAGGCUUGUGGCCUAUGAGCACAUUUGAUAGUCCCUAUUAUCUAACAAUAUUUUUACUUGAUGUCAGUGACUGUCAAGUUCACAAUGUUAACAAUUGAAAAAAAAAAAUGUCUAUUACACAUAUUGUUUUCCUUAAUGUUAAAGACAGUUCAGCUGGCUUUAACUUGAGCCUAUCUAUUUCACAAAAUAUCUCUAUAAGAUAAAUAUAGUUAUAGGAAACACAAAUUGGUCAGGUGAUGAACAUUUUUAAUAGUUAAAAUCAUCUGAAAUGCAUCCCAGUGGCUUUAGUUCUUACCUUUGAAUACAAAUUCAGUUAAAAUAUCAGGCAACAUUAGGGAAUGGUUUUAUCUUCUUUACAAAAUUAGAUAGUGAAAGUAUGCUUGCCUUUUGUUUAGUCUUUUCUUCAACGCACCUUUUCAUGAGAAAAAGGGAGCAGUCAUUUACUUUAUAAAGUAGUUUAAAAAGAUCAUAUGAAAACUGACACUAGAUUUUAUUAAGUAAACCUGAAUGAAUGCAAUCAAGGUACCUAUACAAUGAGUUUGAUUAGUAUGUAUUUGUUUUUCAAUGUAUACACAGAUGAUUAACACAGUAGCCAUGUUAGAUAGUUUGGUGUCAAUUAAUACUUAACUGUGAAGGAGUGGAAAGCAUAAACUCUUUAAAUAAACCUGAGAAUUGUAACAUUA